CGUCGGACUGGAGCCGAGCGGCGGCGCGAGCUGCCCAGGGCGCUGUCGUGAGCUCGCCCGCCGGGCCCCCACCCCCGAGCUACACCCUGCCGUGCCCAGCACUGCCCGCGUCCGUGCCCCUGCGGGGAGCGCGCCGGGGCUGCCCCCCGAAUGACGGGCGGAAGGUUCGACUUCGACGAUGGCGGCACCUACUGCGGCGGCUGGGAGGAGGGCAAGGCGCACGGGCAUGGCAUCUGCACGGGGCCCAAAGGCCAGGGCGAGUACUCCGGCUCCUGGUCGCACGGCUUCGAGGUUGUCGGAGGCUACACCUGGCCCAGCGGCAAUACCUACCAGGGCUACUGGGCGCAGGGCAAGCGGCACGGGCUGGGGGUGGAGACGAAGGGCAAGUGGAUGUACCGGGGGGAGUGGUCACAUGGUUUCAAGGGGCGCUACGGGGUCCGGCAGAGCCUGUGCACCCCCGCUCGCUACGAGGGUACCUGGAGUAACGGGCUGCAAGACGGGUACGGCGUGGAGACCUACGGGGACGGAGGUACCUACCAGGGCCAGUGGGCCGGAGGUAUGCGGCAUGGCUACGGAGUGCGCCAGAGCGUGCCCUACGGCAUGGCCACGGUGAUACGCUCGCCGCUGCGCACCUCGCUGGCCUCGCUGCGCAGCGAGCAGAGCAACGGCAGCGUGCUCCACGACGCCGCGGCCGCCGCUGACAGCCCGGCUGGUACCCGCGGUGGUUUCGUGCUCAACUUCCACGCAGACGCUGAGCUAGCGGGCAAGAAGAAGGGCGGCCUUUUCCGGAGGGGCUCACUUCUCGGAAGCAUGAAACUCCGCAAGUCCGAAUCAAAGUCUUCCAUCUCGAGCAAGCGCAGCUCUGUCCGCAGUGACGCGGCCAUGAGCAGAAUUAGUUCCAGCGAUGCCAACUCCACGAUCAGCUUCGGCGAUGUAGAUUGUGAUUUUUGCCCGGUGGAAGACCACGUGGACGCCACCACCACGGAAACCUACAUGGGCGAGUGGAAGAACGAUAAGCGCAACGGCUUCGGCGUUAGCGAGCGCUCCAAUGGCAUGAAGUAUGAAGGGGAGUGGGCAAAUAACAAGAGGCAUGGAUAUGGCUGUACCGUGUUUCCUGACGGCUCCAAAGAAGAGGGAAAAUACAAAAAUAAUAUUCUGGUCCGUGGAAUAAGGAAGCAGCUUAUACCAAUAAGACAUACAAAAACUAGGGAGAAGGUGGACAGAGCAAUUGAAGGCGCCCAAAGGGCAGCUGCCAUGGCGAGAACCAAAGUGGAAAUAGCAAAUUCAAGGACUGCACACGCCAGGGCGAAGGCCGAUGCUGCCGACCAGGCCGCGCUGGCCGCUCGCCAGGAGUGCGACAUCGCGAGAGCUGUGGCCAGGGAGCUGUCACCUGAUUUCUACCAACCAGGCCCUGAUUACGUCAAACAGAGAUUUCAGGAAGGUGUAGAUGCUAAAGAAAAUCCAGAAGAAAAGGUACCAGAAAAGCCACCUACACCAAAGGAAUCUCCUCAUUUUUAUCGCAAAGGCACGACACCCCCAAGAUCUCCUGAGGCAAGUCCCAAACACAGCCACUCUCCUACUUCCUCCCCAAAGCCCCUGAAGAAGCAAAACCCCAGCUCAGGGGCGAGACUCAACCAAGACAAAAGGAGUGUGGCUGAUGAGCAGGUGACAGCCAUUGUCAAUAAGCCCUUGAUGUCAAAGGCUCCCGCGAAGGAGGCAGGAGCGGUUGUGCCCCAGUCCAAGUACUCUGGCCGCCACCACAUCCCCAACCCCAGUAACGGGGAGCUGCAUUCUCAGUAUCACGGCUACUACGUGAAGCUGAACGCCCCCCAGCACCCUCCAGUAGACGUGGAGGACGGCGAUGGAUCCAGCCAGUCUUCCUCAGCACUGGUGCACAAGCCAUCCGCUAACAAGUGGAGUCCCUCCAAAUCUGUGACAAAACCAGUUGCCAAAGAAAGCAAAGCUGAGCCAAAAGCUAAGAAGUCUGAACUUGCUAUACCAAAGAAUCCAGCAAGCAACGAUUCAUGCCCUGCUUUGGAAAAAGAAGCCAAUUCAGGCCCUAAUUCGAUCAUGAUUGUCCUUGUCAUGCUGUUGAAUAUCGGGUUGGCCAUUCUUUUUGUUCACUUUCUAACUUGAUUGGAAUUAGGAAAGUGAAGUCCUGACAACUAGUGGUGUGUUAGCCCACAGUUCUCUGCAGUGGUGCCGUCAGCCCUUUAAAUGGCCCACCCCAGGCAGACUCAGACACAGGGAAGGAGGCUUGGAAUUAGGAUGGGAUCGCAAGAGAGAUGAAACUUGGAAAAUUCAGCCAGAGGACCUGUUCGGUUCCCCUGGGAGUGCUUUGUGGCUUUGGGGUCCUCUGGGAGCUGAAGCGCACAGCCAUGUUGGAGAGCAAAACUUAAUAAUAAUUCUUUUUUAAAAUCUGCUGAAGCAGCCCCAUCCGGCGAAGUUCUUGGCAUUGGCUACUCCAUCUGUCCUAGCAGAGUGUGACUAAACUGGAAAUGUAUGGAGCUGCAUUUUUUUUUUUUUUUUUUGAUGGAAGUCAACAGCUGCCUUACUAUUUUACCAUCUGACGUUUUUAGUAGGGAGCUGGGGAAACGACUGCCCGAGGAAUGCGGUCGGAGGAUUGUGUUGCUGUGGACGUGGUUCCAACAUUCACUCCUAUCUCAUUAGAAGAAAUAGGUAGCAGCAUCACUCACCAGUCUUAUGCCAUGACCUGCUGCUUUAACAUCUCCUGGAAUGUUCUGGGAGAGAAUGUUUCGUUUGCUUGUGCACGACUCUGUUCAUUUUUGCUGUUUAUUUAAAUAUGAUGUAUAGUCAUCUACCACCUGCGGUCCUGGCCGGACCGAAACACACGUGUUGCAUCUCAAGGAAAAGAAACAACAAAAUGCUAGUGAAAAUGUGCUUAUUUUGAUAGCAAUAUACCAUCUUUUAUGUCAUUUAUUCUUCCUAUACUUGUAAAAGAUUAUUUAUCUUUAAAUUUUAGCAAUUUGAAGACACUAUGCCUUCCUAAGAACUAAUUUAAUUUUAAAUCUUUUUAACAUUACUGAGGUGAAUUAUUUAUGCACUUAGGAAGUGCUAAAUUUUAAAAACCGAAACACAACAGAAUUCUAAGAAGUAUAGUCCAAACGUUGCAUGGAUUGCAGUAAUCAGUGUUUAAAGGAUUCAGUUUCUUUGCUGACGUACUUUACAACCAAAUAAAAUCUUGUCGGUGGCUGUGUUAAUUCCCAUGAAAGUUAAGCAAGAUGCUAUUAAUAAACUGCUCUGCUCUUUCUUGUUUUCUUUUUCCAACUUAAAUUUCUGUUGAAUACAUUCAGGUAGAACAUAAAGCCUUGUUCAAUCACUGCCUCUCAGUUUUCUGCCUUUCCUGUUUUUCAAAGUCCUUUUGUAAUUUCAUUUCCCAUUUUAAAGGCUUAGACAUUUUUAUUUUAAAUAUGUGUCUUUUACAGUCUUUUGUCAUUCUGACAUUUCUGGGUUUUUGCUGUUUUAUAAUUUACCCUUUAUUAUUGAGAAGCAUGCUUACUUAGAGAAAUUAAAUGGUCUUUAUAGAAGUAAUUAGUUAAAAAGAAAUCAGGGGAGGAAAAGUAUCUAUCUAAUCUAUUAAAUCUUUUUGAAACAUUACAUUGCAGAGGGGGAGCUACUCCUAAAUAUUUUCAUGAUUUGCAUGGUUUAAUCAGAUUUUUUUUUUUUUUUUUUUUACCGUAUUAGCUACCUUUUCAAUGCAGAAGACAGUUCACACAAUUCCCUGGUUAGCACAGAUGUGGACUGAGUGCUUUGCCACCUGCAGGGUAGUAACCCAGUGAUGUUUCUUACAGAAGCACAAUAUGUUGAAAAUCCUGGGUGUGACCAAUAUGGAAUAAAGAAGAAGGCAGAAAGAGAGCAAAUGAAAAAUUUCAACUUGUAUAUUCAUUUUUUGCAUUUUGCUUUGACUUUUAAAUUUAGGAAGUCCGUUUAUACCUGAGAACAAACAUUUAAAGUUCCUGUGUCACUCUCAGUAUUCUCACCGCCCCUCCCAAACCCUGUAGCUCCUUAUGCUGGGAAAACUGGUUUUUUAAAAAAAAUAAUAAUAAAAUAUUUAAUCUUAUUAAGUGUUUAUUUAAAAUGUGUAAUGCUUUGGAAAUCAUGGGUAACAGAUAGCGAGAGGAUAUGUUUAUAAAGUGAGCAUGUUGGUCCCAUUUAUAAAUAUAUGUAUGAUUUAUAAGCUUUUUUAAAACAAAGCUCAAAUUGUUGGUAUUUUUCUAAAAUGUGCACAGCUGUAUUUUACAUGAAGGCUCUUUCUAAUGGGUUGUUAUACUGUACUCAACAUUUUGGACAGCACAUGAAGUCUGCCAAUGUACUUAAUAAAACAUGACUUUGUUUAUUUAAAGUUUCUUGCUGUGAAAAAGAACUCCCUACCUGUGAGUUCCUUUAUUUAUAAUUCUCGAAACCAAAAUGUAUAAUGUACAGUUUUCACAACUGUAUCUGCUCUAAUAAAAAAAAGUUGGUUAUUAAU